UCUGAUACAGGUCCAGCUCACUGGCAUGAGAACUUCCCACAAGCCAGUGGGAAACGCCAAUCUCCUAUCGAUAUCAAUACUUCAAUUACCACUUAUGAUAAAGCUCUUGCUGACAGAUCGUUGAAGAUCAGCUAUGACCCUAAACGUACCAAAGAACUCGUCAACAACGGGCAUACCUUCAGAGUGGAUAUUGAUGCGUGUGACUAUAAUCUGAGCGGGGGUCCAUUAGAAGACAACUAUCAGCUAGUUCAGUUCCAUGCUCAUUGGGGAAAGGAAGACAAAGAAGGUGCCGAACAUACCAUCGAUGGCAAACAGUACGCAGCUGAGAUUCACCUUGUUCAUUGGAACACCGGACAAUUCAAGACCGUCAAUGAUGCUAUCAAAUGUGAUAAGGGCAUCGCUGUGCUGGGAUCAUUUAUUAAGGUUGGAAAGCCACAUGAAGGUUUUGAAAAGCUGGUGCCUUGCUUGAAGAAGGCUCUUAACAAGAAUUGUACUGCAACUGUGGAGGGAGGAUUCGAUCCCAGCUGUCUGUUACCAGAAAAUAAAAGAGAUUACUGGACGUAUGAGGGCUCCCUCACCACUCCACCUUGCUACGAGAGUGUCACUUUUAUUCUCUUCAGAGACCCCAUAGAGGUCUCGGAACAGCAGCUUCAAGUACUCCGUGAGCUACAAGAUCAUUGUGAUGGCGAGACUCCAGAGGGCCCUGGUAAACUGGUAAAUAACUACCGUCCACUCUGUGAUCUCAACGGACGAGUCGUCAGGGCUACCUUCCAACAGUAGAUACAGUGGAGGUAUAUCCUGACGGAACCGUAUAGGGCACACAUGAGUAAUUAAGACUCCCAUUCACUCACACGUUAAAUCUAAGCUCAUUAAAAAAUCAUUAAAAAUCAACCAUGUGUAUUUACUGACUGAGAUAAAUCAUAAUAUUUGCAGUACAACAGAAAUGAACUACGUUAAUCAGGUACUUGUCCAGCUCAAACAAAAAUUAUAUGACCUGAAACAAAAUUAACAAUAAUUUAGGUCAGUUUAAAGCGAGAAAUCGGUAACUGCUUUGCUGACAAUAAUAAUUAAAAUAGAAUACAAAAAUACAGCCUAGCUUCUCCAAAGGCCCAAUUAUGAAAGAGUUUGAAUAUGGAAUUGAUUUUAUCAAUAGUAAUUUGAUAUACACUCAUUUUGUAUAAUUUCGAUGAAUUAUUUUACUUAAUAAAGUCAUGUGAUCUUUCCUUGCGCCUGUCCAGAAUGCAUUACGUGUGGAAGAAAUAUUGAUGUGUGACCUAUAUGGCAUUAUACUUUCACUGGUCUUACAGGUGAAACUCUUCAUAUUACCUUUCUUACUUUUAUGGCGGUACAUUUUGUGUUUGUUUUCUUUCUCAUAUAUGGGGCAUAAUGCAUGCUAUUACUCUCUGAAAAGAGAUAAAUUCUCAGCUGCAUAAUUCCUUGCUUGGGUUUUUUUUCUGGAAGUUUGUAAAUUUACGAGUUUUAUGUUUCCAUUUAAUCUCAAAUAUGAUAAGGGAUAAACUUUUGUAAUUAUUGUUUCUUUUCAGUAAGAGAAGAAAUUUAUUUAAGUGGAAAGGUGGUCUGCCUUGAUUUGUGAUUUAGAUAACCAAAUCAAGCGAAAGCUAUUUGGAUUUGUCUUUUCCCUGUAAUCUAAAAUAAAAUUUAUAUGUGCAAUUGUUAGGUUCUGUUGAAAGAUGAUUGAUUAAUCUGAAUAAUUGUUAAAGGUUGAGAAUGAAACAAUAGAAAAUUAGAGCUUGGCUAAUGGUGCUUUACUCAUUAUAUAUGGAUCCUUUCUUUGUACUUAGUCACAUAAACCAUCACUGUCUUCCCUUUGCACCUUGUAGUAGUGCACAAUAGCAAAGAUUAUGAAUAUAUGAGAGAAUAUAAAACCUGCAGUUUUUAUAUGACACAAUAUGAAGCUUUGCCUCAUUUACCUCUCAGAUGUGUCAACUCUACCAUGCAAUAAAACCCCAGAAACCUUGCUCAAUUUAAUAGUCAAGUCAAAAAUAUAUUAAUGGCUGUUGAUUGAAAAGUGAUCAUGAAAUUGUAAAGUAAUAUUGGUGUUUAGAUCGGAAGGUGUUUUAUUUCUAUAAUAAUAUAAUGUAUGCAUUUAUUGUUGAAGUGAUUGGUUGUAAUAAUAAUAUAUUGUAUGCAUUUAUUGUUGAAGUGAUUGGGUGUAUAAAUGAAAUAUAUAUGCAAACAGAUGAGUAGUUUAUUUAUUUAUAGAUGGAUAUUUUCUUAUGAUAAGUAUAGAAUUAAUGUAUGAAACUUGCUGUUGUUGCCACUUUAUAGCACCAGGAGUCCCAGGUACAGAGAGAAAAGAUUCUAAUAA